UCAACAACAUCAGCAGCAACAGCAACAGCAGCAACAACAAUAUGAGGAAGAAGAAGAAAUGAUAGAAGAUCCUCGAUCAUUUAGAUCAGGAGAAGAGAGUGAAGAACUCCAUGAAGAACCAUCAUCAUUUCAUUACCAAGAAGAGAAUGACGAUGAUUAUAUGAUGAUUGACCCAUUUCAGUAAUUUCUUUGCUUUGAGGAGCUACAUGAAAACUACCUACACGAUACUGAUACUCGUAUGAGUGUUGAAGACAACUUGAAAGGUUUCCAAGAGCUUAAAACAAACAAAAUAAAGUGAUCCAAAUUAGGAAGAAAUAGUCACAGAUCAACGUCAUCCAUACUGUCGGCAUCUAAACCUUCGAAAACAUCAGUAGCCGUUGUUAUAAUUUUUUUCUUCUCUUUGUUAUUGCUUAUAUUACCACCAUGUCAGCCCCAGCUUCAGCAGCCCAUCGUUUACACGUUCAAUCUCUUUAUAAGCGUUCUUUAAAGCUCUCGCUUGAUUGGUACAUUCAACGUGAUCUUUGGCGCCAAAAGGCUUUGCAAAUCAGAGCUCAAUUUGACCAAAACAAGCAUGUCGCUAACCCUAAAGAAAUUCAAGCUCUUGUUCAAAAGGCCGAGAAUGAACUCAAGGAAUGGGCUCAUCCUGAUCCUUAUAAAUUGCCUAUGGGUCCUGAAGGUACUAAAUGGGAACGUAACCUUCCUCCUAUUGUUAACGACGCUGCCGCUCAUCAUCACUAAAUGCAACAUGUUUUUGUUUAAUAAACCCGUAUUACCAAAAAGAACAUUGAUUCGAAUCACAUAUAACAAAAGGAAUGCUAAAGAGGAGUUCAUACAAGUAGAAAAGAGAGAAAAGGGUUGCCAUUAGAUGAAAGCAGUCCUAAUCUAUGGUAUUUUAAAGCAACUUGAGGAUACACC